AUGGCGGCGGCACGAGGUGCCUCAGGGCCGCCUCUCGCUCCCGCGCGGCCUUCCCGCCUCACCAGGGCCUCGGCACCGUCUGCUCUGCAGAACCGAGGGCAAAGCUGCUACCGCGUGUGCCAGCAGCCGGGGCUGUCCCUCUGGGUCCCCUUCCAGAACGCCGCCACUGCAGUCACCAACCUCUACAAAGAAAGUGUGGAUGCCCAUCAGCGAAGCUUUGAUGUAGGAAUUCAGAUUGGCUAUCAGCGUCGGAAUAAGGAUGUGUUAGCUUGGGUUAAAAAACGCAGAAGAACUAUUCGUAGAGAAGACUUGAUCAGCUUCCUAUGUGGAAAAGUUCCUCCUCCAAGAAAUUCUAGAGCUCCCCCAAGACUGACUGUAGUAUCCCCUAACCGAGCUACUUCAACAGAAACUAGCUCAUCUGUAGAGACUGAUUUGCAACCCUUCCGUGAAGCCAUAGCUCUGCAUGGUCUUAGUGGUGCAAUGGCUAGUAUAAGUGUUCGUUCAAGUACCCCAGGCUCGCCCACUCACGUGAGCAGUGGCUCCAAUGCUAGUCGAAGGAGAAAUGGACUCCAUGAUGUUGAUUUGAACACUUUCAUAUCAGAAGAAAUGGCACUCCACUUGGACAAUGGUGGAACUAGAAAGCGUACCUCAGCCCAGUGUGGCGAUGUCAUUACAGACUCACCAACUCAUAAACGCAACAGAAUGAUCUAAAAUGCAAAAAUUUCAAACUCACCAUGCUGCUUGAAAGCCACUUGAUCCUCAGAGUACUAUUGAAAAGGAAACAUGAGGCCAUCUUUCCAUAUUCACUGUUUAAGACAAAUGAAUUCAGUAAUUGCCAUAAAGGAAAUUUUAGAUAUUACAUUAGAUGCCUCUUGUAACUGCGGCUUUCUAAAACUAUAUUCUUAGCAGAGGACAUCAGAUAUUGUGUAGUAGCUAGCCAGAUCAUCAUAGGCAAACAUGUAUCCGUUCCAAGGCUAAAAGUGACCUUACUUGUAUUAAAGGGAAAGGAAAUUUCAGAUGUUUAUUUGGUUAUAGAAUGCUUUUUUUUUGUCCUUUAUUUCCUGCUGUGUUGAGUAUUUGCUUAAACAGUAUUGCCAG